GUUACCCGUCUCAGACGCAUCCGGUGGCGUUUUCGACCAGAGUCCAGAUUGGGCGACAGCGUACGCGGGCUUCCGUAGUUUCACGAUCCAGCAUGUCCGCGCGCAUGUGUCUAGGUGCUUUGGAAAUGUAGGCUACUCCAGUGGAGUCGAUUGUGCCCAUCGGCUGUGCAACAAACAAACAUUCUAAACUUAUUUUCUGUUUAAAAAACAAACAAAAAAAAACUACAGUGACAGAGCGAUAGAGUUCAUUCGGGGGACCGUCUUGGGGCACAUGGCGUUCAGUGACCUGCUACACACUGCACUGCGUUAAACAGCAUUUGGGAAACGUGCCAGUCAAUGCGUUUUGGUGCUGCACGGUUGCUGCGCAUAACUGCCGUAUACAGUGUGAGGGACCCUCUUCUGAGAAGACUGCCCGUCAGAUUGAAGUCCAUGGAUGCUUCGGAUUCCCGGGUCGCCCCCGGCAACUGCGGACCCGACCUCAAAAGCCAAGAGGUGAAGCACGCAUCACCAGGGAUGGAUGGUAGGCUCAUGGAUGUUGCCCCUUCUCCAAAUGAACCCGGUGAGGGAACGCCCACGGACGCAGGACUGUUGCCCGGGGAGACUGUGGUGAAAGAGGGCAAAGCAGCCAUCUUGUUUCCGAGUGCCAACGAUGUUUUCUACAACCCAGUGCAGGAAUUUAACAGAGAUCUGACGUGUGCCGUGAUCACGGAGUUCACGCGGGAGCAGCUGGCUCUGCGGGGCGUGCGGGUGGUGGUGCCGGGGGAGAAGGAGCGCAUGGUGGUCAGCCUGUCUGGGGAGGGCCAGGGGACCGAGCAGCCGGAGGAGGAGACGAAAGAGGAGGAGGAGGAGGAGUUGGAGGAGAAGAAGGGAGAGCAGGAGUUUGAGACGGCUGUCGUUGGGGAGUGCUGUGAGCGGGGGCUGCGUGUGUUGGAGGGCCUGGCUGCGUCUGGUCUGCGCUCCGUGCGCUUCGCGCUGGAGGUCCCCGGCCUGCGCAGCAUCACCGCCAACGACUUCUCCGCCUGCGCGGCGGCCCUCAUCGCCCGCAACGCCCGGCACAACGGCGUGGCCCACCUGGUGAGGGCCAGCCAGCGCGACGCCAGCAUGGUGAUGUACGAGGCUCGCGGGCGGAAGGACCGCUAUGACGUCAUCGACCUCGAUCCCUACGGCAGCCCCGCCCCCUUCCUGGACGCUGCUGUGCAGGCCGUCAGUGAGGGAGGGCUGCUGUGCCUGACCUGCACAGACAUGGCGGUCAUGGCGGGGAACAGCGGGGAGACCUGCUACAGUAAAUACGGCUCCGUGUCCAUUAAGGCCAAGUACUGCCACGAGAUGGCUCUGCGGAUCAUCCUGCACAGCGUGGACCAGAGGGCGGGGGUGUACCAGCGUUACAUCGAGCCCCUCCUCAGCGUCAGCGUAGACUUCUACAUCCGCGUCUUCGUCCGAGUGCACACCGGCCAGGCCAAGGUCAAGAACUCUGCCAGUAAGCAGGCCCUGGUCUACAACUGCGUGGGCUGUGGCUCCUUCCACCUGCAGAGAAUGGGCAAGCGCAUCAGCCAGGGAAAACACAUGAGGUACUCUCCGGCCACUGGACCCCCCGUCAGUCCUGAGUGUGAACACUGUGGCCACAGACAUCAGGUCGGGGGUCCCAUUUGGGCAGAGCCCCUCCACAACACCCAGUUUGUGCAGAAGGUGCUGUCGGCGGUGUCGGGGAACCCCUCUCGGUUCGGGACGUCCCGGCGCAUUGAGGGAAUGCUCAGUAUGAUCACGGAGGAGCUGGAGGAUGCGCCUCUCUACUACACUAUGGACAACCUCAGCAGCACCCUGCACUGCAACACCCCCCCUCUCCUGCAGUUCAGAUCCGCUCUCCUCCACGCCGGGUUCAGAGUGUCGCUCUCACACGCCUGCAAGAACGCCCUGAAGACCGACGCCCCCCCCGCUGCACUCUGGGACAUCAUGCGCUGCUGGGAGAAGAGUAACCCAGUGAAGAGGGAGAGGCUGUCAGAGACCAGCCCGGCCUUCCACAUCCUGUCUGCCGAGCCCACGCUGCAGGCGUGUUUCGAGCUGCGGGAGGACGCCAACCCCCAGUCCCGCCGCCGCCACCUCACGCGCUUCCAGGAGAACCCGCAGGCCAACUGGGGCCCCAAGGCCCGCGCCAAGGCCGGUGGGGGCAUCUCCUCACCGCUGACGGAGAGGAGGAAGCAGUACCAGAAUAAGAGGAAGGUCACCGAGGCCUCCCAACUCAAGAGCUUUCCCUGCAAGAAGUUCAGAAAGGGCACGUGUACGCGAGGUACAGAGUGCUGCUAUUCUCACGAUGCUCAGCUGGGGUCAGUGGAAGGGGAGAAGACGGAGUGACUCGACGCGGUUCUCCCUCUCUCUCCACCCGUCCCUCCUUUUCCAGUCAUCACUCCAUCCCUGAUUCACAAGCGGCUGAAGGCCAUGUCCCCAAAUCGCAUGGUGUGUGUAUGGUGUGUGUGUGGUGUGUGUGUGGUGUGUGUAUGGUGUGUGUGUGUGUAUGGUGUGUAUGGUGUGUAUGGUGUGUGUAUGGUGUGUGUAUGUGUGGUGUGUGUGUGUGGUGUGUGUAUGAGUGUGUGUGUGUGUGAGUGUAUGGUGUGUGUGUGUGUGUGUGUGUGUGUGUGUGUGUGUGUGUGUGUGUGUGUGAGUGUGUGAGUGUGUGAGUGUGUGAGUGUGUGAGAGUGUGAGAGUGUGAGAGUGUGAGAGUGUGAGAGUGUGAGAGUGUGAGAGUGUGAGAGUGUGAGAGAUGCUUGUUCUCGCUGUCAAAAGGUCGUCCCCGCCCCAUCAGGAGGAGCAGGGCGGCUGCGACUCACACACAGGUCCUCUCAGGACACGGCUCCCCUCCCUCUGAUUGGACCGCAGCUCCCCUCCCUCUGAUUGGACCGCAGCUCCCCUCCCUCUGAUUGGACCGCAGCUCCUCUCCCUCUGAUUGGACCGCAGCUCCCCUCCCUCUGAUUGGACCGCAGCUCCCCUCCCUCUUAUUGGACCGCGACUCUCCUCCCUCUGAUUGGACCGCAGCUCCCCUCCCUCCGAUUAGACCGCGGCUCCCCUCCCUCUGAUGCAGUAACAUAGCUGCGGAUUUGAUAAAAGUACUUUCAAUAAAAACUGUCUUUGGAAAA